CCAGGACUUCUUUGGAGCGACCAGUUUUCUCUAGAGCAUCCUGCAGCUCUACUGUCAAAAACUUACACACUGAGAGACAGGACAAACACAGGUGUCAGGGGCAACACACUCGACAGCAACAGAUACACUAGGAGUGUGUGCGGGAGAAGAUAGAGAGGAGAGGAGGGAAGAGGAGAAGAGACCAAAAAGAUAAGCAAUAAAAGGAGAAGAGUGGGGACCGUGGACCAUGUUAAUAUGAGGACGGAAAAGAAAAGCGGUGAAAUACGACAAAGGGGGGAAGAGAAGAAGACAGAAUGUGACACCAGAAGUCCAAUGACACUGAGUUAAUUACCUGGAGGAGAUGAGUCUCAAGACAUAUUCAGAGGACAGAAGAAGGAAGGGUCAGUCAGUUUUUAACAGCUGACUCUGGGACAAAGAAGAACAAGAGGAAAGAGAUGAUUGAUUUGUUGCAACGUAAGAUUUCCUCUGAAGAAUGACGCUUCCCUAAAGGAGGACGUGGUUCAGGAUCCUCUGCCUGAGCUCAAGGAAUAGUUUCAUCUGUGGAAAGCAAGUGACUAAACUUCUAGUCGGACUUAAAGAGCCCUUCUUCUGCAGCCACAAUGCCAGAACGAGUGAACAAUUUCCAGGGUCAAAGCUUCCACAAGCUGAGGCGGGACUGCUUGCGUCGAGGUGCGUUCUUCAAGGAUCCCCUGUUCCCCGCCACUGCCCAGUCCCUCUUCUACAAGAGGAAGCCCCCGCCUGGACUGACCUGGAAGAGGCCGAGGGAGAUAUGUAAGGACCCCCGUCUGUUUGUUGAUGGCAUCAGCACUCGUGACUUGCACCAAGGCAGUCUGGGUAACUGCUGGAUGGUGGCUGCCAUUUCCUGCUUAGCAUCUGAGCCAUCUCUAUGGAAGAAGGUUAUGUAUUUGUGUUCCUCUCUCUGUCCUCCUUUCUUUACUGCUUCUUCCUUCAUGGCUUCAUCUCAGCUCCUCUCCUCUUCCCAGGUGAUCCCAGACCAUGUGGACCAGGAGUGGAAUCCAAAGCAUCCUGAGAUGUACGCAGGCAUCUUCCAUUUCCGGUUCUGGAGACUCGGCCGUUGGAUGGAUGUUGUUGUGGAUGACCGUCUGCCGGUCAGCAGUGAUGGAGUUCUGCUCUUCUGCCGCUCGGCCACACCACGAGAGUUUUGGAGCGCACUGUUGGAAAAGGCCUACGCCAAGCUAAACGGCUGCUACGAGGCCCUGGAGGGAGGAAACACUACAGAGGCACUGAUCGACUUCACUGGCGGGGUUUCGGAGCCCCUCAGCCUGGAUCGUGAGGCUCUCAGCCUGCACAGGGAUCGGAGGAGGGCGUUCUUCCAGACAUUAGCUAAGGCUCAUGAAUGUAAAGCCCUCAUCACCUGCUCAAUACGGCCAGCAGAGGGGGAGACGGUGGAGUCAGUGUUGGACUGUGGCCUGGUGCGAGGACACGCCUAUGGGAUCACAGCAGUGAGGAAGAUGAGGCUGGCGGAGAAGCUGCCGAAGACGGGCUGGAUGUCCCGACUCUUCAUGGUGCGCAUGAGGAACCCAUGGGGGACCACGGACUGGACGGGUGCCUGGAGUCAGGGGUCGCAGGAGUGGCAACAGAUGGGUCGUGCAGAGAGGGAGAAGAUGGGCCUGAUUGUUCGAGAUGUUGGGGAGUUUUGGAUAGAUUUCGAGGACUUCUGUCAGUACUUCACAGACGUGGUGGUGUGCCGGCUGGUGGAGAGUUCUCUGCUGUGGUGGAGCUCUCACUGGAGAGAAGUGCGCUGCUAUGGGGAGUGGGCAUCAGCUCCCACUUCUCCAGGAACACCUACGUCCACCGUCUAUCACAACAACCACGCGCUGAGCUCGGGGAAGAACAACGCCAAACCUGCAGGGACUAAGCAGCGAGGUAACCGGAAGGAGGCCAAACUUGGAGAGAGUCAGCCGAAGGGAGGAAAAGGAGGAAUGUGUAAGCGGGAUAAGGCGGUGAACAAAGUGAUAAAGGAAGAUGAUAGCGGAGAGGUGGGAGGAUGGGAGGCACAAAUGGAUAAAAGGAGUCGAUGUGGAGGAUGCAUCAACCACAGAGACACUUUCCUGCACAAUCCGCAGUUCAUGUUUGAGGUGAGAGGCAAAGAGGAGGAGUUGCUCAUCUGUCUGCAGCAGGAGGACAGGAGGAUACGGAGGAAAGAUGGAGGAGGAGAAAACCUGCCCAUCGGCUUUGAAGUGCUGAAGGUGGAGGUGAACCGCUGCAGCCGGGUGCAGUGUGUGCUGGAGCAGGCGGCCAGCUCGGUCUACAUGGACUCCCGCAGUGUGACGCUGAGGGGGACUCUGACUCCAGGUCGCUACGUCGUGCUGCCCACCACCUUCCUGCCAGGGGCCACAGGACACUUCCUUCUACGCCUCUUCUCCCAUUCCCUUGUCACACUCAGGGAAUUGAGGGAGGAUUUGUUGUCUCCCUCUGUCUUGCAGUGUUUUCUCCCUCAACCCACUGUGGUGACCACCGUCUACCUCCGCAGGGCGUCAGGACUUAGCCUCCCCAAACAAAAAGCUCCAGAUGUUUAUGCCGUAGUGCGGUGUGAGAAUGACACCAUAAGGACGCAGGUUUUCAAGGCGGAGGGAAACCCCGAGUUCAACCUCAGAGCCAUCUUCUACAGGAGAUAUCCCAGCACACACGUCUCUAUCGAGUUAUGGAGCAGAGGGUGGCUGUGGGACUCCGUGCUCGGCAAGGCUCGACUCCAGACGGCAGAGUCUGAGAGGAGUCGCAGCCACGUGAUAGAUCUGCAAGGCGGCCAUUCCCGCUCAGGGAACCGAGGGUGCGUCUACGUUGAGACGUCCUCCAGCGUCUGCCUCACAGACUUGUGACAGCAUUGUGUGGUUAUUAAGUCGUCCUCUCAGGUGGAAGCUGAUGGACAAAUGGUUUUGAUGAACAGACAGACCGAGUCAAACAACCAUGGAGCUGACACAUUUUUAAUUUAUUGCACUACUGUGUAUAUUCUGUGGGGAUCUGCAGGUCAGACGUGAAGGUGGCCAUCCUUCAUGACUUCAGCAGUAUCAAAUGUAACUGCUGCCAAAAUAUUCUUUUGUGUGUGUUAUUAUAUUUCAUAUAUUGUUAGUACUGUAUUUGUCAUGCGUUUUCUUGCUGUUGCUGUCAUAUCAUUUUUACAAUUAUUUAUUUAUGUUUCUUAUGAUUAAA